AUGGAACUUAAUCUCAAGUUGCGCAAAGAAGAGGGUAACUUGUUGUCAGACCCUGUAGCCUAUCGUACGCUGGUUGGCAGCUUGGUUUUUCUUACAAUUAAUAGACCUGAUAUUUCCUAUGUAGUCCAACAAGUUAGUCAGUUCAUGGUUUCUCCUCGGCACCUUCAUAUGGCUGCAAUUCGACGAAUCAUUCGCUAUGUCCAUGGCACAGCUUUGCGGGGACUUUCCUAUCCUAUUAGUACUUCACUUGAUCUUGUAGCAUAUAGUGAUGCUGAUUAUGCCGGGUGUAGUCACACUCGACGUUCUACUAUGGGUUGGUGUAUGUUUCUUGAUCCGGCUCUUAUUUCUUGGAAAAGCAAGAAACAAGACCGUGUUUCUAAGUCCUCUACUGAGUCCGAAUAUAGGGCCAUGUCCCAAGCUUGCGCUAAGAUACUUUGGCUCCAAGGGCUAUUGGUUUAA